UAGAAAACCAUGGAAGAGAGAGUAACCAACCACCGCACACGCGAAUUGAAAUAAAACGGAAACCUGAAAUUGGGAGAAGCCAUAGCACAUAGCCACAGAGCAGAGAGAAAUUGCCUAUGAGGUAAAACGGAAUGUGUUAUUGUUCUCCUCGCAGCACUUCACCUCUGCUCAUAACCUGCUGAAUCAGAUGCAAAAAAAAAAAAAAAAUGUCAUGAAGUUUGGUGUGUAUUACUGCUGUUAAUUGUGUAGGAGGUUGUUGUUUGAGAGUUGUUUAUUGCAAUGUCUAGACCUUGGGCCCUGGUUUGUCUUCUGUUGUUGUUUGUGCUCACAUCACAGUUUGAGUGGAAGCAGCAAUAUCAUAGUGAACUUGAAGGGAUUCGUACCACCUCUCAGAAAAUGAAAAACAUAUCUCAAAGGGAAAAAUCUUUGAAAGAAAAGAUUAUUCUCUCUCAAGAGAAGAAUAUUCAAAGACUUAAUGAGCUUGUUCGGAGUCUUCGUGAGCAGUUGCUACAAUGUAAGGCUGAUUCUGAGGUUUCUAAUAUCACCUCCACCCCUUUUGCAGAAUUCAUAUCUGAGCUUGAGCAACAGCCAGUCUUAGAGGACUAGUUGUGAAUCACACAUGUUGAAUAACCUAUAUGUAAGUUUAAAGACCUUGUUACGUUUUCUAAGGAGUUUCUUGAAGAGGUUGUGUGUACAUAAAUAGCAUAAAUUAGAAACAUAAUAGUACAUUUGAUCUAUAUAUUAUGAUAUAUUUUUGUUGAGUAAAGUUUUGUU